GGAUUACUCCACCAAAUAUAGUGUAGAAGUAGCUCUGAAAACAAUUGAUGGCAAGAGACAACUCAGUUAACCCGUUGCAAAGAAUCGGCAUCGACUCAGCUCCACCAUGAGCUCCCAUACCCUUCGCUUCUCUGUUUGAGUUUGUCUCUCCAAUUUAUGAAUUUAUUUUGUUUACAAAAUUAAAAUGUCUUUUACUUUCAAUUAUUUCUCUUCAAUUGGAAAACUGCUUAACAGUCCUCAAAAGUUCACAACAUUCUUUCAGUUAUGUCCUUGCAAUUUCUGUAUUCAACAUGUUUCUGUUGGCAAAGAUCAAAUUUUUAGACAAAAUUGUAACUUUUUAGCACACCCAUUUGUUUAUUUUGUGUUCAAUUCAUUUUUUUCUUCGUCAUCUUCAACACAUGAUUGCCUUAGUUCUUCUAUAAACCCUAAUUUUAAUGGCCAUGAUGGAGAAAGAGAUAGGAUUUUUGAUAAUAAUGAUGAGUUUAACAAGUUUAGACAAAUGGGUAGUGGUAAUAGUGAGUGUAAUGAUGAUGGUAGCCAUGAAAAUGGUGGUUUUGAUGAGAUUAUGGAGGAGGAAGAGGAUGAGGAGGUCGACGUGGAAGAUGGAGGAGAACAUAGGGAUAGUGAUGUGGAUGAAAAUGAUUUUAAGGUUUUGGAUUUAGUGAAGAGAAAUUACAGUGAAAACGAAGAGAUUUGGAGAAUUGAGAUAGAGGAAGACGAAAUUCGACAUCCUUUAGUUAAAGAAAUUUGUCGGUUGAUUGAGCGUAGGUCGACUUGGAAUACUAAGCUUGAAUUCGAUAUGCGGCAGUUACUACGAAGCCUCAAGCCUCGACAAGUUUGUGCUGUUUUGCAGUCACAAUCUGAUGAGAGAGUUGCUUUGGAUUUUUUCUAUUGGGCUGGUCGUCAGUGGCGAUAUCGGCAUGAUCCGGUUGUGUAUUAUAUGAUGCUUCAGGUUCUUAGUAAGACUAAGUUGUGUCAAGGAGCUAGAAGGGUUCUUCGGCUCAUGGUACGUAGGGGAAUUGCCCGUCGUCCUGAAGCUUUUGCUCAUGUCAUGGUGUCGUAUAGUCGUGCAGGGAAGCUUCGGAAUGCAAUGCAGGUGUUGACCAUGAUGCAGAAAGCAGGUAUUGAACCUAAUUUAAUGAUAUGUAAUACUGCGAUCCAUGUUCUGAUAAUGGCGAAUAAAAUGGAAAAGGCAUUGAGAUUCUUAGAGAGAAUGAAACUUGUUGGAAUCAAUCCAAAUGUUGUCACUUAUAACUGUUUGAUAAAAGGAUACUGCAAUCUUUGUCGAGUUGAUGAUGCGAUGGAGCUAAUUGCUGAAAUGCCUUCCAAAGGAUGCUCUCCCGAUAAAGUUAGCUAUCAUUCGGUGAUGGGUUAUCUUUGCAAGGAAAAAAGGAUCAAAGACGUGAGGGACUUAAUGGAGACGAUGAUGAAGGAUCAUAAGCUGUUACCUGAUCAGGUUACAUAUAUUACUUUAAUCCAUAUGCUUUCCAAACAUGGGCAUGCAGAUGAGGCACUUGAAUUUUUAACGGAAGCUGAGGAGAGGAGAUUUCAGGUUGAUAAGGUUGGGUAUAGUGCAAUAGUCGAUUCAUUCUGUAAGCAGGGUAGGAUGGACCGGGCAAAGGAAAUUGUGAAUGAUAUGAUUGGAAAAGGUUGCUCGCCUGAUGUUGUUACUUACACUACUGUUGUUAAUGGACUUUGUAAAGUUGGGAAGAUAGAUGAAGCAAAAAAGAUGCUUCAGCAAAUGUACAAGCAUGGCUGCAAGCCAAACACUGUAACAUAUACAGCCCUAUUAAAUGGGUUUUGUCAAAAUGAAAAUUCAUUAGAGGCGAGAGAGAUGAUGAACAUGAGCGAGGAGGACUUCUGGACUCCUAAUGCUAUCACAUAUAGUGUCGUGAUGCAUGGGCUGCGAAGGGAGGGAAAGCUAUCCGAGGCUUGUGAUGUAGUGAGGGAAAUGCUUGCAAAGGGGUAUUUUCCGACUCCCGUUGAAAUAAAUCUACUAAUUAAGUCACUCUGCUUGAUCGAAAAAUUUCAUGAAGCAAAACAGUUCGUCGAGGAGUGUUUGAAAAAGGGAUGUGCGGUGAAUGCAGUAAACUUUACUACACUGAUUCACGGAUUUUGUCAGAAUAAUGACAUUGAGGCUGCUCUAUCAUUGCUGGAUGAUAUGUAUCUUAAUAACAAACAUCCUGAUACAGUCACAUUCACUGUAAUAAUAGAUGCACUAGGAAAAAAAGGUAGAAUUGAGGAGGCUACUGAAUUUACGAUGAAGAUGCUUAAGAAAGGAUUAGAUCCUACACCUGUUACAUAUAGAGCAGUGAUUCAUCAGUAUUGCAAAAUGGGUAGAGUGGAAGACUUGAUCAAACUAUUAGACAAAAUGCUUUUAAGGAAAACGUGUAGAACAGCGUAUAAUCAAGUUAUCGAGAAAUUGUGUUAUUUUGGAAACCCUGGGGAGGCUGAUAAGCUUGUAAAUAAGGUGUUGAGGACAGCCUCGAGAAUUGAUGCUAAUACAUGCCAUAUUCUAAUUCAGAGUCACUUGAGCAAAGGGGUUCCUCUAUCCGCUUAUAGAGUAGCUUGUCGAAUGUUUAACCGGAAUAUAAUUCCUGAUAUAAAGUUGUGUGAAAAAGUGAGCAAAAAACUGGUGUUAGAAGGCAAACUAGAGGAGGCAGAUAAUCUUAUGUUACGGUUUGUUGAGCGCGGAAAUAUAUCACCGCAGAUUCAUCAGAAUUUGCAAGUCUAAUGAGAACUACCUAUUUGCUUAUGCUACCUCCAAAGGCAGUUGAAAAUAUUGGAGAACUUCACAACGAUAAUACUGUCUACCAUGUACUUGAAGAAGCCCAGGAUCAGAUCUUUUCGAUUGCUAUAAAUGCCACCGGAGAGCAGUUUCUCUUGUUUUUGAUAAUUUGAGAACGAGGAGUUAUAGCACAUCGUGGUUAAUGUUUGCUGAUUGUCAUAGCCGAGCGGUGUUGUCUUUUCCUAAAUGCAAGUAUCAAGGAAGCAGCAUAGGAUUAUGCGUGAUCACGAAGCCACGGAAUCUAGGAACGAAGUUUGUAACGAGGUGCAUUAUAUCCAAUUUGAUCAAUUAAGGUCAAGUAUACUACUGACUUUCUAAAAUUAGGUUAAAUAGAUCCAAAUUUAAAUGAACUAUAAGAAAAUCGGAUUCAUUUGGCCUGAAAUUUUAAAUUUUUAGCUCUACUUGAUCCUAAUAGAUGAAAAUUGACCUAAUAAGUUAUAUCACAUAAGUUUGUAAACCAAAAUGAUUUUUUUACCUCUUAUACAAUUAUUUCCUUUUAUAUUAAUGGAGUGAUAGAGGGUCUCUUAUGGAGAAUUUUUAUUUAUUUUUU